GGGAGGAGGAGAGAGAGACGAGGGGGGAGAGCGCUGCGCGGGGCGCGGAGAGCUCCGGGGCUGGGUCUGCCAGGGAGCUGGGCGCAGGGACCGCGGCGGUGCUGGUGUUGGCGGCGGCGGGAGAUGCUGCUGCUGCCUGCCUACCUCGAGCUCCGCUGCUGGGGGUGAAGCCUCAGCCAAGCCAAACCCAGUGGCCAAGGGAGUCCGGAGCGGGACUGGAGUUGGAGGAGAGAGAGGGAGGAGGAGGAGGUGGCGGAGGAUGGGCUGUGGGGGAAGCCGCGCCGAUGCCAUCGAACCCCGCUACUACGAGAGCUGGACCCGAGAGACCGAGUCCACCUGGCUGACUAACACGGACACCGACCUGCAGCUCUCGGCUACUGCCACAGCCGCCGGGCUCAGCCCGGGGGAACCAGACAGCGGCCCGGAGGCGGGCGGCCUGCGGGACCAGGGCUCCCUGUACACGGGUGAAAAAAGAGCGCAAGCAGAUGCCAGCAAGAGAAGUCAUCAUCAGUGUUACCAAAAGCAUCCAACAAAUGGGCAGAGAUAGAAGAAUUAUGAAGAACCAAGUGAAUUAGCCACACUUUCAAAUCAAAGGGAGGAUGGACAUUAAUGUCAUUUGGCAGUACUUUGCUGAUCUCUCAAGUGAACUUAAAGAAACAUGGAUGCUCCUAAUUUAACAGGCUAAAUUGCUGAGUGCCUUGGGUUACUUUGCAUCUCUUACCUGGCAGCAAAUUGCUGUCAUCAAUGUUGGGACAUUCACUGAGCUGUGUUAAUCUAAUGUGUUGGCACAGUACUCCUACAUGAUAAUAAACUGCUAAUGGGUCAUUUGUUUUGUUUUUCCCUCUAUCCAGGUUCUGUCAUGUGUUCUUCCCCAGGUCUGAGAUUCUGGAAUUGCAAUGGUCUCCUGCAGCCACAGGCCACUUUUUAAGGGGAAGGGUAAUAUAGUGGGGGGGAGUUUUUACCCAAGAGCAAGCAUUGACUAUUUCUGGACCAUCACACCAGUGGUAUUUUUUUUUUAGUGAGGCAAUUGGGGUUAAGUGACUUGCCCAGGGUCACACAGCUAGUAAGUGUUAAGUGUCUGAGGCCGGAUUUGAACUCAGGUACUCCUGACUCCAGGGCCGGUACUCUAUCCACUGUGCCACCUAGCUCCCCACCAGUGGUAUUUUUAUACCUGUGUCCCAAUCCUUCAGCAUUUCAAUUGGAUUCAAAGCCGGCCUUCCUCCAACUCUCAAAAAAGAGAAGCCAAGAAAGAGGAAAUCAUUAAUUGUCUUUUUAUUCCUUUGCUUCAACAUGGAGGUAAAGAUUCAGAUCCCUCCCAGUGCUAUAAUGAUGUCCACUUCCCCAGUAGGGAAGCAGCCCUUAGUAAGGGGAAGGAAGACAUUUCCAGUGUCUUGAUUCAACACCAAACAAGGCCUGAGCAAUUGUUGGCUUUCCACCAUUCUCCUACUGGAGGUGCCAUGUUAGCCCCAAAGAAUAUUCGCAGAGUGUGGGUCCCACUUAGCUAGUCUGGGGCACCAUUUUGGAUCACUUGGCACAACCAAACUCACCUUUCCUGUUCACCAAAUCUGUACUCUCCCAAAGAACCAGAAGAGUAGAAAGAACACUAGGUUUGGAGCCAGAGAAGCUGCUUCAAAUUCUGCCUCUAUGUCUUACUCAUGUUACUGUAGAUAAGUCAUUUUCCUCUCUGUGCCUCAGGGUUGGUUCUCAUCUAUAAAUGAGGAAGCUGGAUGCAAUGUCAUAUAUGGUCCCUUACAGCUCUAAAUCUAUGAAUGUGUCAUCUAAAUCUGGAAAAGACCUUAUUGGUCAAUCAUAUCCAUCCCCCCAUCACUUUGUAGGUAAAGAAACAGAAGCCUAGAGAUGUGAGUUACCUACUCCUAGUCAUAGAAGUUAAGAGGGGGAGGGCUUGGAUUUGAACCCAGGUCCCCUCAUUCCUCACACUGGGCACUGUCUCCUGAAAACAAGGGUUCUCAGGACAAUUAUAUGACAUCACUUAAAAUGACUAAUCAAAGGCUAUUCAUAACUCAUGUGAAGUAAGAAACCAAGGAAUCUUUCAGUGGCACAAGCAGAUUCCAUGGAUUAUGUCAUUUUGGGACCUGGGACGUCAUCAUAUUAAGAAACUAUAAGGAUAAUGUGCAUUUACUCUUAUUGAAAGUUUAUACAGUUAAAAAAAAAGAUUUUUGGUAGAAAACUAUUUUCUAGCAGUCCUCUAAAAUGAUGGAGAAAUGUAUAUAUUUAGCUGAAAGCAUUUUUUCCCUACCAAUAACAUGACAUGCUUCUCUAAGCUGUGUAACACACCUGGGAUCUUCCUAAGGGAGAAUAAGGGUUCUUUCAUCAGCUGCUGUUUAAAUAAACUCAACUUUUAGCUGAA